CUCUCUCUCCCACUCUGCAUGUCUGCCGCCGCCACACGGCUCAUGUCAGACUCUCCGAGGGACGGAAAUAUCUUUGCAGAAAGUUUCGGGCCGAAGGGGCAACUUGAAUUCAUGUUUUCUCCUCCUGCUGCAUUACUUCUAGGGUUUUGAAUAUCCACAAGAAACGACCAUGUGACGGACGUUCAGUUUCCUGGAAGAUUUGGACACUCUCGCAAGAAGUUGUGUGUAUUUUCUUUUGGACGACACCACGACCGACACCACGGACCGACUCUCUCCACGUCGUCGGGACUUUUCGGGGACGUCGGUUCACCAUCAGCAUCGAAAGAAUCCACCGGACCUGCCCGACCUCACGUGACCUCUUCUCCAACACGCCACGAGGCGGCUCGCCAUCUACCAUGUGUUGGUUUUGAGGGCAGGUGUGAUGCUGGGUCCGUGUGUUUGAUACACACACACACACACAUGGUGGCCGAGAUCCAAUGCCAGCAAUCGAAUGAGGACAUCCAAACUUCCAGGAAAGAUCGCUUAGAGCGUCACGCGCGUGAUUGACAGCCGUGUGUGGACAUGUCACGUGUCCACUGUCCAACAACAAAGCUUCCCUCUUCUCUUCACACAUUGAAGUGAAAUAUCACACCCAGGCGGCCUUUAGAGCCGAUACCCUGUCCCAUCAUGACCCUACGGACCUGCACUCUGCGGCACCUCCUCGUCCUCGUCCUGCUGUUGCUCCUCCAGGCCAGGCGGGGGCGCUGUCACCCGCAGUGUUUGGACUACAAGCCUCCGUUCGAACCCCGGCAGCCCCUGGCGUUCUGCAAGGAGUACUCCAAGUUCGGAUGCUGCGAUCUGGAGAAGGACGGAGAGAUAUCCGUCAAGUUCUACACCAUCAUGGCCAACUUCGACCACGCGGGGUACACCACCUGCGCCCAGUACAUACGCAGCAUCCUCUGCCAGGAGUGCUCUCCGUACGCCGCCCACCUGUACGACGCCGAAGACGCCAACACGCCCAUGCGCGCGCUGCCCGGCCUGUGCGGCGCGUACUGCUCCGACUACUGGCGGCGCUGCCGCUACACGCUCAGCCUCCUGCUGGAGGACUCGGGGAGCGCGCAGAGCUUCGCCAACCUGACGGCGUCCAUCGAGGACGACCGCAGGAAGUUCUGCAACUUCCUGGAGCUGAAGGACAAACAGUACUGCUAUCCGAAUGUCCUGACCAACGCAGAGCUCAAUGCUAACCUGGGCUUGGUGCGCGAGGACCCCAAAGGGUGUCUGGAGCUGUGCCUGCAGGAAGUGGCCAACGGGCUGCGUAACCCGGUGGCCAUGGUCCACGCCAACGACGGCUCCCACCGGUUCUUCGUGGCGGAGCAGCUCGGCUACGUUUGGGUCUACCUGGCCAACGGCUCCAGGCUGGACCGACCUUUCCUCAACCUCACGCAGGCCGUGCUCACCUCGCCGUGGGCCGGAGACGAGAGGGGCUUCCUCUGCAUCGCCCUGCACCCCAGGAUGAGUACGGUCAGAAAGGCCUAUGUGUACUACUCUGUGUCCGUGAAGAAGGAGGAGAGGAUCCGCGUCAGCGAGUUCACGCUGCAAACGCACGACGACAACCAGCUGGACCACGCCUCGGAGAGGACCAUUCUUGAGGUGAGAGAGCCGGCAUCCAAUCACAACGGAGGACAGCUUCUCUUCGGCCACGACGAGUACCUGUACGUCUUCAUCGGUGACGGAGGGCGGGCGGGGGACCCGUUUGGAAAGUUUGGCAACGCACAGAACAAAUCCACUCUGCUGGGCAAGGUGCUUCGCGUGGACGUGGACAACAACGACGCCGGCGCCCCCUACAGCAUCCCGCCAGACAACCCCUUCCUGAGGGAGAAGGACUCUCGAUCUGAGAUUUUCGCGUACGGCGUGCGGAACAUGUGGCGCUGCUCCGUCGACCGCGGCGACCCCGCGACGGGCCGCGGGGGAGGCCGGAUGUUCUGCGGCGACGUCGGCCAGAACAAAUACGAAGAAGUGGACCUCAUCGUCAAAGGAGGAAACUACGGCUGGCGAGCCAGAGAAGGUUUCAGCUGCUACGACCGGAAACUCUGUCACAACUCCUCGCUGGACGACGUCUUGCCGAUCUUCGCUUACCCCCACAAGUUGGGCAAGUCGGUGACGGGAGGCUACGUAUACAGAGGCUGCCAGAUGCCCAACCUCAACGGACUCUACAUCUUCGGGGAUUUCAUGAGCGGGCGCCUGAUGUCUCUGAAGGAGAACGUCACUUCAGGCGAAUGGGAGUACAAUGAGAUCUGCAUGGGGAGAGACCAGACCUGCAGGUUCCCCAAACUCAUCAACAGCUACUACAAAUACAUCAUCUCUUUUGCUGAGGAUGAAGCAGGGGAAAUGUAUUUCUUAGCCACUGGAACCGCGAGCGCCACAGCCAGAGCCGGAGUCAUUUAUAAGAUCGUGGACCCCUCCAGGCGAGCAGCGCCAGGGAGAUGCAGCAUCAAGCCGUCACACGUGAAGAUAAAAGGGAAACUGAUUCACUUCUACCCCAAAGAAGAGUUCGUAAUCAACAAGAAACCGACCACCACGGCCGUUCCCACGACAACCGCGAGAACAACCACGACCACGAAAGCGCCGGCGAGAAGAAAAUUCCCGAUAAUAAUCAUGAAACCACCGUUCCCGACGAGAAAAACGUUAAGAAAAACGCCACAACCCCCAACAACAGCAAGAACGACAACAACAAAUAUAUUACGGCCGAGGAAAACGACGUCGCCGCCACCGUCAACAACACCACCGACCUUAAAAGCGGCAGCGACAAUAAAAACAACAACAACAGCGUCCGUACCAACAUCGGUCCAGGUCACCAUGGCAACAACCCCCGCCACCACCUCACCCACCGGUCAUUGGAGACCCCUUCAGUACCCCCAUUUUACCACCUCCCAACCCUUGACCUCAUCCCUUAAACUACCCCAGACGGCUCUGACCUCUUCUUCACGAUACUCCGAGCGCCCCGAAGCGUUGACCACGCCGCGGGCGCCGUAUUGGAGCCAGAAACCAACGACAUCGUCGGGCUCCAAACCCCGGAGACCGCCGAUCGACCCGACGGCGCCCAAGACACGGGAAGACCAGCGGUGGCUCGGAGAGAAGCUGGCGAGCGGCGGGGAGGGUAACCAAGACUAUAAGAGGCCUCGAGAAAGAGGUCGCGGCCACAAGAGAGGAAGAGGAGGGAGGAGGCCGCCCGCCGGCUCGGUGCGACUGGUGAGCGUCGACGGUUUGUCGGAUCGAGGCCGAGUGGAGGUCUUCAUCCACGGCGAGUGGGGGACGGUGUGCGACGACCUUUUCACCAGCAGGGCGGGCACGGUGGUGUGUCGGCAGGUCGGCUUCACGACGGCGUUGGCGGUGAUGAAGAGGGCGGCGAUGGGGGAGGCGGACGCCGGCGUCAAGAUCCUGCUGGACGACGUGGAGUGUGAGGGCGGGGAGAGGUCGCUGCUGGACUGCAAGAGGUCGCGGGUCGGGAAACACAACUGUUCACACGGAGAGGACGUAGGGGUGAUCUGCGGGUAGGAGGAGAAGAAAAGAGGAGAGAAAAUGGAGAAAUAAAUGGAUGUUUCCCUGAGAAGAAUACAAAAAUGAUGAGAGAUCAUUUGAAGGAGUAAAAGGUUUUUACAGACUGCUCAUUGAUGUUGGUGAUGGCAGUUUAGCAAAAAAUGUCAACAAGUUGUAUUUUAUUCUGUUUUCCUGUUUUCAUUUUGAUGUUUGAUUUGUAAUUUCUCGCCCACAGCCGAAUGCAAAAAUGAUGUCCGUACAUAUAUUAAAAUGUUCUGUUUUUGGGGAUUUUAUUUCCACCUUUCAGAGGAGCAUAGACCUUGAGAGUUUCUCCAAAACUCUGGAGUCACGAAUUUUACACUCUCUUGAAUAAAUAUGAUCUACAAUUUUGAAAAAAAGAGAGUGAAGCACACACUGAAGACGUCUAUGCAACGGGUUUGAUUAAAAA